GCGGCUCCCCCCUCCCCCUCCCUCGCCCCAGCGCUUCGAUCCAAGAUGGCGGCGCUGAGCAGCGGCAGCAGCGCGGAGGGGGCCUCGCUCUUCAACGGGGACAUGGAGCCCGAGCCGCCGCCGCCCGCGCUCGGCGCCUGCUACGCGGGGGGCAGCGGCGGGAGCGGCGACCCGGCCAUCCCGGAGGAGGUGUGGAAUAUCAAACAGAUGAUUAAAUUAACACAAGAACAUAUAGAGGCACUGCUAGACAAAUUCGGAGGAGAGCAUAACCCACCAUCGAUAUAUUUAGAGGCCUAUGAAGAGUACACCAGCAAACUAGAUGCUCUACAGCAGAGAGAACAGCAGUUAUUGGAAUCCAUGGGAAAUGGAACGGAUUUCUCUGUCUCCAGUUCGGCUUCAACAGACACAGUUGCAUCAUCUUCUUCCUCUAGCCUCUCUGUAGCACCUUCAUCCCUUUCGGUUUAUCAAAACCCUGCUGAUAUGUCACGGAAUAACCCUAAGUCUCCACAGAAGCCUAUUGUUAGAGUCUUCCUGCCUAACAAGCAAAGGACUGUGGUUCCAGCAAGAUGUGGAGUGACAGUCCGAGACAGCCUAAAGAAAGCUCUGAUGAUGAGAGGUCUUAUUCCAGAAUGCUGUGCUGUUUACAGAAUACAAGAUGGAGAGAAGAAGCCAAUUGGCUGGGACACUGACAUUUCCUGGCUCACGGGAGAGGAGUUGCAUGUGGAAGUCUUGGAGAAUGUGCCACUCACGACACACAAUUUUGUACGAAAAACAUUCUUCACGUUAGCAUUCUGCGACUUUUGUCGAAAGCUGCUUUUCCAGGGAUUCCGGUGCCAGACAUGUGGCUACAAAUUUCACCAGCGCUGUAGUACAGAAGUACCACUGAUGUGUGUUAAUUAUGACCAACUUGAUUUGCUGUUUGUCUCCAAGUUCUUUGAACAUCACCCCAUACCACAGGAGGAGGCCUCCUUAGGAGAGACCACCCCAGCAUCUGGAUCGUACCCCUCAGUGCCCCUCUCAGAUUCUGUUGGACCACCAAUUCUCCCUAGUCCUUCUCCUUCAAAAUCCAUUCCAAUCCCACAGCCCCUCCGACCAGGAGAUGAAGACCAUCGGAAUCAAUUUGGGCAACGCGACCGAUCCUCUUCAGCUCCCAAUGUUCACAUCAAUACAAUCGAGCCAGUCAAUAUUGAUGACUUGAUUAGAGACCAGGGUUUACGAGGAGAGGGAGCCCCUUUGAACCAGCUGAUGCGCUGUCUUCGGAAAUACCAAUCCCGGACUCCCAGUCCCCUCCUUCAUUCUGUCCCCAGUGAAAUAGUGUUUGAUUUUGAGCCUGGCCCAGUGUUCAGAGGUUCAACUGCAGGUUUGUCUGCAACACCUCCUGCCUCUUUACCUGGGUCACUCACCAAUGUGAAAGCAUUACAGAAAUCACCAGGACCCCAACGGGAAAGGAAAUCAUCCUCAUCCUCAGAAGACAGAAAUAGAAUGAAAACCCUUGGUCGACGGGAUUCAAGUGAUGAUUGGGAGAUACCAGAUGGACAGAUCACAGUUGGACAAAGGAUAGGAUCUGGAUCAUUUGGAACAGUCUACAAAGGAAAGUGGCAUGGUGAUGUGGCAGUGAAAAUGUUGAAUGUUACGGCACCCACACCUCAACAGUUACAGGCUUUCAAAAAUGAAGUAGGAGUGCUCAGGAAAACACGACAUGUGAAUAUCCUGCUUUUCAUGGGUUAUUCAACAAAACCCCAGUUGGCUAUUGUUACACAGUGGUGUGAGGGGUCCAGCUUAUAUCACCAUCUACACAUCAUUGAGACCAAAUUUGAAAUGAUCAAACUAAUUGAUAUUGCACGACAGACUGCACAAGGCAUGGAUUAUUUGCAUGCCAAGUCAAUCAUCCACAGAGACCUCAAGAGUAAUAAUAUUUUUCUUCAUGAAGACCUCACAGUAAAAAUAGGUGAUUUUGGUCUAGCUACAGUGAAAUCACGAUGGAGCGGAUCCCAUCAGUUUGAACAGUUGUCUGGAUCUAUUCUAUGGAUGGCACCGGAAGUUAUUAGGAUGCAAGAUAAAAAUCCAUAUAGCUUUCAGUCAGACGUGUAUGCGUUUGGGAUUGUUCUGUAUGAACUGAUGACUGGACAGUUACCAUACUCAAACAUCAACAACAGGGACCAGAUAAUUUUUAUGGUGGGACGAGGAUACCUAUCUCCAGACCUCAGCAAAGUACGGAGCAACUGUCCAAAAGCUAUGAAGAGACUAAUGGCAGAAUGCUUAAAAAAGAAAAGAGAUGAGAGACCCCUUUUUCCACAGAUUCUUGCCUCCAUUGAGCUUCUGGCCCGGUCAUUGCCAAAAAUUCACCGCAGUGCAUCUGAACCCUCAUUAAACCGGGCUGGCUUCCAGACAGAGGAUUUUAGUCUAUAUGCUUGUGCUUCUCCAAAAACGCCCAUCCAAGCAGGGGGAUACGGAGAAUUUGCAGCGUUCAAGUAGCCACAGCACCAUGGCAGCACUCACUCUGUUAUUUAAGUCUUGUGUUCCUACAGUUUCUUAACAUCAAAACUCUA